CACUGGUGACAUCAUGGUCGUUGUCUCUUGUCUGUCAUUUUGAGUUCAUUCAUUCGAUUGGUCGUCACGGAAAUUUACGACGAAUUUUAUCCUUUUGAGAACUAGAACAUUCACAAAUAAUUGAUUUUUAAUUAACUUACUAAAUAUUAUUGGUCUCUAAUCUAAAUUUCCCGUCAAUAGAAAGGAGCAACAAAGAAACGUCCUUGAAGUCUGUGCAGUUUUGCACAAUUCAAUAGAUUUGCGGUUGUGAUGGAAACUUAUUCUAAUGUGACUACAAGACGAGUGAGAUCAGCUGUGGAAGGAUACAAAUGAGAGGUUUAAAAAGCGCCAGUGUUGUGUUCUUAUACCAGAUAGUACGAGGAGAAAUAGUUGGUCGCUAAUCGACAGGUUUUAUGUGCGCGUGACGGUGACAUGAGCACAAACAACAAACGGCGUGGAGCAAGCAGUUCCAGUUGUACUGUGUUUGGAGUGCCCGCUCUCGUGAAUGCGAAUACCGCGAUGUCCGCCGAUCUCGCGUCUUUGUUUGAAUGUCCUGUUUGUUUCGACUAUGUCCUGCCUCCAAUACUGCAGUGCCAGAGCGGGCACCUCGUGUGCUCCAGCUGCCGCCCCAAGCUAUCGUGCUGCCCCACCUGUCGUGGGCCCCUUGGAAAUAUACGGAAUCUUGCCAUGGAAAAAGUUGCUAGCAAUGUCAUGUUCCCAUGUAAACAUUCAAAUACUGGUUGCACUGUCACCCUUGUACACACAGAGAAAGCUGAACACGAAGAAGCCUGUGAAUUCCGGCCAUAUUCAUGCCCAUGUCCAGGCGCAUCAUGCAAGUGGCAAGGUGGAUUAGAUCAAGUAAUGCCACAUCUAAUGAUGUCUCAUAAAAGUAUUACAACCUUACAGGGAGAAGAUAUUGUAUUCUUAGCUACUGACAUUAACUUACCAGGGGCAGUAGACUGGGUCAUGAUGCAGUCCUGUUUCAACCACCAUUUCAUGUUGGUCCUUGAAAAACAAGAGAAAUUUGAUGGGCACCAGCAAUUUUUUGCGAUUGUACAGCUUAUAGGUUCACGCAAGGAAGCUGAGAAUUUUGCAUAUCGGUUGGAAUUGAAUGGGCACCGCCGUCGACUUACUUGGGAAGCCAUGCCUCGCUCUAUUCACGAAGGAGUGUCAUCAGCUAUAAUGAACUCAGACUGUCUAGUAUUUGACACUUCACUUGCACAGCUAUUCGCUGACAAUGGAAAUCUUGGAAUUAAUGUCACAAUAUCCAUUGCCUAAAUUAUAUUACCAUACCGUUAUACUCAUAAUUGUAGACCAUGGGAUGUACAUUGAAAAGAGAUAUACAUUAUUGUAACAUCUUCGUAAUCAAUCUAUGAACUAGAAAAAAAAUUGCAAAACACAAUUUUAAAACAAAUUCAUAUUUUUGUUACAAUUUCUAAUAUCUGCAAAUAAUUCAUCCGGAC